UUCCCUUCAACACCCCCUAGAGCUAUCAACUAUCUCUUUCUAAAACCUAUCCUAGCCUUAAGACAGUUUGCAUCAAGCCAUGGCUAGCAAGACCUGCAUUCUCCAUAUUCUCACCCUAGUCUCCAUUUUCUUACCUCUUGCCAUAUCUUUUGACUCCAACUUCCCUGCUAUUUUCAAUUUUGGUGACUCAAAUUCUGACACUGGAGAGCUUGUCGCCACCGGGAUUGAGACCCUUCUCCCUCCUAAUGGACAGAGUUACUUCAAAAAGCCAUCUGGGAGAUACUGUGAUGGUCGUCUCAUCAUUGAUUUUCUCGUAAGAUCAAUGGACCUGCCAUUUCUAAAUGCCUAUUUGGAUUCCAUUGGCACACCAAAUUUCCGAAAAGGGUGCAAUUUUGCAGCUGCAGCAUCAGCUAUACGUCCAAUAACAGGAUCUGCCAGCCCAUUCUCAUUAGGCAUUCAGGUGGCUCAGUUUCAAAGACUUAAAGCUCGGGUUCUUGAAUUGGAAUUGCUACCAAAAGGUAAGAAACUUGGCAAGCACCUCCCAAAAAAAGAUUAUUUUGAGAAGGGGCUUUACACGUUUGAUAUAGGCCAGAAUGAUAUUGCCAGUGCAUUUUUUUCCAAAUCAUUGGACGAAAUAAUUGCUUCAAUUCCAGAAAUUUUGGCUGAGUUUGAGACAGGAAUACAGAAAUUAUACGAGCAAGGUGCUAGAAAUUUUUGGAUACACAACACGGGUCCUCUCGGAUGCUUGCCUCAAAAUGUUGCCAUAUUUGGAACUGACAAAUCAAAGCUUGAUGAGUUUGGAUGUGUCAGUCAACAUAAUCAAGGUGCUAAAGCCUUCAAUAAGCAGCUUCUUGCUCUUUCUAAAAAAUUAGAGGGCAAAUAUUCAGAUGCAAAUUUCGCAUAUGUGGACAUCUUCACUAUUAAAUACAACCUCAUCGCAAAUUACUCCCAAUAUGGAUUUGAACACCCUAUUAGGGCCUGCUGUGGGUAUGGAGGUCCACCAUUGAACUAUGACAGUCGCAUUUCCUGUGGGCAAACUAAGAUCUUGAACGGGACCUCAGUCACGGUCAAAGGGUGCUCUGAUAGCUCUAAGUAUAUCAGUUGGGAUGGAAUUCAUUACACUCAGGCUGCAAAUGAUCAUGUCUCAUCAGAAAUACUAACUGGAAAAUACUCUGAUCCGCCUUUCUUUCAGAAUCUCAUGUUCUAAACAUCAAAUAUUC